UUUUUUUAAAACCUUCCGCCUCUAAAAUGAGCUUAUUAAUGUCGUCCUCAGUAUCAUUUCUGUUUGCCUCGUCAAAUUCAUUUCUUUUCCUUUGCGUCCAUUUAAUUGAACCCGUUUAAAAAAACACAUAAUUAGCAUUUAAAUCUCUUUCCUUCAGUCUCUUGCCCUCCCUACAUUGCUCUCUCUCUCCCCUCUCUUACUCUAGCAGACUCUACAUGUCUCAGUCGCUACGGCAACCGAUGCUUUUUUUUCUCACUUGCUCUCUGUAUCUCCCCCUUUCUCUCGGUCUCCCUCUCUCAUUCCCUCUCUCCACUGCCAGAGGUAGGCAUGAUAACUGAUAUGUGUCGGAGCGUAUGUGUGUCUGUGUCUGUCUCCCAGUGUGCUUGUGUGUCUCUAAGUGACAUUUCUGUGGCAUUUAGUCAGCAGUUGUGGAUAGGAAGUUACCGCUCUCUGCUCAAAGUGCCAUAUAGAGUAUUGGCUCCAUGCAUGACGCCUCUAAUGAUGAUUAAUGUGCUGUGCUCAGGUGUGUGCACUGUAAAUGUGUGUGAGAGACAGGCAGUGAGUGUGUACUUCUGGGUGUUUUUGAAUGCAGAUGUGGGUUCUGUAUAGACAUGUGGCGCAUAAUUGACCGUUAAAUUUAAAAUCCCAGGGGAGUCUGUAUGUUCUUUUUAAAAAAAGUGACAGCGUUGGCUUUCUGCCAGGGCUCUUGCUGGUGUCUGUGUUUACAUGGUUUUUAUCUGGCAACAUAAAAGAAAGAAGAAAAAAAAAAGCUGGACCCUCCCCCUUUCUCUCCCUCUCUCUAUUUCUCUCUUGCCCCUCUGUCCUAUCUUACAGAGAGAGAUGAUCGGAGGAGCGGAGUCUCAGUGAACAGAGCGAAGCGAUGGAGAGAUGCUCCAUCUCUCCUGUCGCACGACUGACUGCCCUCCGCUGCCUCAUUUCCCUCCUUCUGGUUGCUCUGGUGACACAGCCCUACACCUGUAACCGUGACGACAGCGAGGGCGAGGAGCAGGUGGACGCCCUGUCUGUCCAGCUGUCCGUUACGGCCCAGGUCACACCCACCCCUCUGUGGGCUGUGGUCUGGGGUCCCACGCAGCCUCUGGAGGAUGAGACCUACCACUUUCUCUCCAGCCAGGAAACCGACCCCCUGCACCAGCAUGGAAACCAGCAGGAGGCCAGCACCACCACGUCCGAGGACUGGCCUUAUCCUGCUGCAAGCGUGCAGCCCCAAGAGGAGGCACCAUUGGAGUCUAGGGACAAGGAGGGAGUGGAGGAUGGAGGAACGGAGGCGGAGGAGACGGAGCCUGAGGAAGGGAGGAAUUGGCCGCUGUCAAAUUGCAAGAUACUGAGAAGACGUCAUCGGAUUAGUGUUAUACAUGUGUGUAUGUAUGUGUGUGUUACAGUGGACCCUCAGUUCUACGUCACCGUGACCAUCUCCUCGCUGCUCAUCUUGACGGCAGUCAUCAUUACAGCCAAACUCUGUUACGAUCGCAGCUGUUCCCAGCAUCCGCCCCCGCUUUCCCGUGGCGUGGCACCCCCCCUUUCCCUCGCGCUCCCUCGUUCCCUUGCUUCGGAGGACAGCCGGCAGACGUUGCACAGCACCUCCUCCUCCUUCACCGACAGGGAGAGGUAAUGAGUCGCCUCACCAGCUCUGCACUGUCUGAGUGUGUGUGUCUAAGUCUAUGAGUCUGAUGUGCGUCUGUGACUCUCUGUGCACCUCUGGAUUCAAGUUUGU